AUGUCUGCUGAGGUGCUUGCGGAAGAGUUCGAGGUCCUCGAAUCGAUCUACCCUGCCGAACUCACAAAAUUGUCGGAAAGGGAAAUACAAAUAGACGUCGAACCAGAUGAUCCGGUAGACGGGAUCGAGGAACUUUCCUUGACGUUCAGUGUCGAGUACCCAGACGAGUACCCCGACACUCUGCCAAAACUGUCUUUGGAGGUGCAGCAGGGCGAGCUCGACGAUGCAGAGAUCAGUCAACUUCUUGACGAACUUCAGAAAGUGGGCGAGGAGAACCUCGGAAUGGCCAUGACAUUCACGCUGGUCACGCACUUACGGGAGCGAUUAUCCGCAUUACAGCGCGAACGGCUGGAACGGAUACGAAAAGAGGAAGCGGAGAAAGAACGACGCGCGCUCGAGGCGGAAGAGGCGAAGACACGAGGCACUCCAGUCACCGCCGAGUCGUUCAAGGCUUGGAAGGCCAAGUUCGACAAGGAGAUGGCGGUAAAGCGUGCCCGAGAAGAGGAAGAAAAGCUCAAGGGUCUCUCACCGAAAGAGCGGGAAGAGUACAAGAAGUCUCAAACACGUUUCACUGGGCGCCAGCUGUUCGAACGCGAUAGGAACCUCGGAACGCUGGAUGAAGGCCUCGCCGAGGAGGACGCUGUCUCGGUCGACAUCAGUCAAUACGACCGUAAUGCGAUCGAGGAAGAGGAGAACGAGGAAGACCGUGUCACCUUCAGCGAUAGCGAUUGA